AUGCCUGCCCGUCCCACAGACUGCGUCCAGAAGCCACUGUGCAAUGUUCUGCACGAACUGGGGCGUCUGGUUGGCCAAUAUCCCUGGUACUUCCUGGUGGUACCGCUGCUCAUCUCAGCCGCAUUCGGCACAGGGUUCCUAUUCCUGAAGGAGAGGGAAGCUCUGGACAUUGAGGACCAGUUCACACCGGUGGAUGGACCGGCCAAGAAGGAGCGCCGCUUUGUCCAGGACCACUUCCCUCACCUGGACUCACACUUCUCACCGCUCAGGCUCCACACCGAGGGGGUAUAUGCAUCCCUCAUCGCUGUGUCACUUUCCUCCAGCAUCUUUAGCCAGGAAGCCCUGGAAGAAGUCCUGCACCUGGACAGGUGGGUGCGCAGGCUCACGGUGCAAAGCACACACCACCCGGUCACCUAUGCGCAGCUGUGUGUGCGGGACAAUGGGAGAUGUGCCUCAAACAUCAUCCUAGACAUCCUGAAUGAGACUGCGGGCCAAACUGAGCUCACCUUCCCCUUCCACCAGUUCCACUCGCACCGUGUCUUCCUGGGCUCCCGGGUAGGGGGCAUGCAGGUGAAUUCAUCCCGGGUGCAAAGCGCGAGGGCCAUUCAACUGUUUUAUUACCUGACAGAGGACAACAUCACGCAAAGCUUUGCUUGGCUGCAUUACUUCACUGCCAUGUUCUCCAAUGGAUCCAUACCUGAGCUACACCAGGUAUCUGUCUCUCAUUUCACAUCGUUAUCGAGACAGGAUGAACUCAAAGGGAACUCAAAGUCAGUGAUUCCAUUUUUCUCAGUCACCUAUUUCCUUGCCAUCACCUUCUCCAUCCUGUCCUGCUCAAGGUUUGACUGCGUUAGGAACAAGGUGUGGGUAGCCAUCUUUGGUGUCCUGUCUGCGGGUCUGGCUGUUCUCUCUAGCUUUGGGAUGUUGUUGCUCUGUGGAGCUCCCUUUCCUCUGACUGUCGCUACCUCCCCUUUCCUGAUACUAGGAAUCGGCGUGGACGAUAUGUUCAUCAUGAUCUCAUGCUGGCAGCAGACCAGUGUUCUUGACCAAGUUGAAGCACGCUUGGCCAACACGUACAAGGAGGCAGCUGUCUCCAUCAGCAUCACCACACUGACUGACAUCCUGGCAUUCUACAUCGGCAUCAUGAUGCCCUUCCGCUCAGUGCAAUCCUUCUGUCUCUACACAGGCACUGCUGUCCUCUUUUGCUACAUCUACAACACCACGUUCUUCGGCGCAUUUCUGGCACUGAACGGCCGACGUGAAGAACACAAUCGCCACUGGCUCACCUGCAUGAAGGUUCCAAAAGAGUCUGUACAGGAGCGCCCAAAAAGCUACAACAUCUGCUGCGUGGGUGGGGCCUAUGACAAAACGACCAACACUGAAAAAACGCAGCCAAUGAAUAACUUCUUUAAAAAAUACUAUGGGCCCUUUCUGACCAAAACUUGGACCAAAGUAUUUGUAAUCUUUCUUUACAUUGGGUACGUGGCUGUUAGCAUUUAUGGCUGCUUUCACAUUCAAGAGGGCAUAGAUCUUCGAAACUUGGCGCCUGAUGAUUCGUAUAUCGUCAAUCAUUAUACUAACGAAGAGAUGUAUUUUUCCGAGUAUGGACCAAACGUCAUGGUGGUAGUGACAGAUAAAGAAUUUCCAUACUGGAAUGAAAGUGACCGCACCACACUUGCCUUGUGCCUCCAGGAUUUUCAAAAGUUACCUUUUGUUGAUUCUGAGAUAUUUAUAUCCUGGCUAGCAGCAUACGAGUCUUAUGCAAACCAAACUAAGAUUAACCUGAGUAAUGAAACCAUAUUCAAAACAAAUCUGUUACAAUUCCUCAGUUACGUGCCGGAGUUUAACCAAGAUAUAAAUCUCACAGAUGAUGAAAUCUUGGCCUCUAGAUUCUUUAUUCAGACUGUGAAUGUCAGCUCUACACUUCAUCAAAAGAACAUGCUGAACACGUUGAGAGAGACAGCAGCCCAAUGCCCAGUUCCAUUACUAGUUUAUCAUCCUGCGUUUAUUUACUAUGACCAGUAUGUAGUCAUAGUGAGCAACACCAUAAACAACAUAGUGGUGGCUACCAUGGUGAUGCUAACCAUCUCUCUCUUGUUGAUACCAAACCCCAUCUGCUCGUUGUGGGUGACCUUUGCCAUAGCAUCUGUGAUUGCGGGUGUGACAGGCUUCAUGGCCUUGUGGAACGUGAACCUUGACUCGGUCUCUAUGAUCAACCUGGUCAUCUGCAUUGGCUUCUCUGUGGAUUUCUCUGCACACAUUUCCUAUGCAUUUGUGUCCAGCAAACAAACUACGGCAGAUGAGAAAGCUGUUGAUGCUCUGUGUAACCUUGGGUACCCAGUAAUGCAAGGGGCUGUCUCCACUUUGCUGGGAGUGGUGGUCCUCUCAGCCACAAAGAGCUACAUCUUCAGAACCUUCUUCAAGAUCAUGUUCCUGGUCAUAUCCUUUGGGUUGCUUCAUGCCAUUGUCUUUAUUCCUGUGUUCCUGAUGGGUGUACCCUGCCUCAUGCUCUAUGGUUGA